AUGCCUGAACCUCGAAAUGGCUCGUCGUCCGCUGGGCGCGACAAAUAUGCCCAGAUCGGCAACUUUGUCGUUGGCUCGGAAAUCGGCAAGGGCAGUUUUGCUCAGGUCUAUAUGGGAUGGCACAAGGUUUCGCGAGCAGCCGUAGCAAUAAAGUCCGUUGAAAUGGACAGGCUUAACAAGAAACUCAAGGAAAAUCUCUACGGGGAAAUUCAGAUCCUCAAGACCCUCCGUCACCCACAUAUCGUAGCCCUCCACGACUGCGUCGAGUCGAAAACGCAUAUAAAUCUAGUGAUGGAAUACUGCGAACUUGGUGAUCUCUCUUUCUUCAUCAAGAAACGGGACAAGCAUGCCACUCAUCCCGCCACGUACGACUUGGCGCGGAAGUACCCCUGCCCUCCCAACUCCGGCCUCAACGAGGUUGUGAUUCGCCAUUUCCUGAAGCAGCUAGCCAGCGCGCUCAAGUUCCUUCGAGAGAUGAACUAUGUCCAUCGGGACGUAAAGCCCCAAAACCUACUCCUCCUACCAUCUCCGGAAUACCGAAAGAUUCACCCCCGUGAUAUCCUAGAGGCGAGCCAGGACUCGUUAAUACCCAUCGCGGGACUUCUCUCCUUGCCCAUGCUAAAACUGGCCGAUUUCGGAUUUGCGCGGGUCUUGCCUUCAACAUCCCUCGCCGAUACCCUGUGCGGCUCUCCUCUUUAUAUGGCACCCGAGAUCCUACGAUACGAACGAUAUGAUGCCAAGGCCGACCUUUGGUCCAUCGCCGCUAGCUGGAAGCCCUGGCGGGCGUACUACCCGGCCAAGCCCCGGCUCACGCGACCUGAGCGCCGGGCUGGGCAUUCGCCAACACCCAACCCCCAGGCAGUCUCUCCUAAUCCGCCGCGAAGGCUAUCGGACGUGGCCUCCGCCCGACUUCGUGACAACCCUUCAUCACCGCCUUCUUCCCUCUUGAACGAAAACAAUCUUAAGAAACGCGGCCGCGUUCAAACCAGUCCCCUUCCGACAGAGGAGCAGGAGAAGGCGGCUCAGGAGAUCGCAUUUGAGCGUGAUUACGUGGUUGUAGAAAAGCGGCAGGUUGAAGUGAACGCUUUCGCUGAUGAAAUGGCAGCGAACCCACGCUUGGCCAACCAGGGUAACGCCGGCACCUCGCCAAAGUCAGGCCAAAUGGUUAGGCGUGGUACUCAAACAAGCUCGACGGGAGCCGGCGCGAACCAACAGUCCCGGGCGAUACAAAUCGCACAGGGCAAGGGUCACCACGUCCAACAGGGUUCGUACGAUAAGGGCAUCUCCGGGCCGGGCACGAGCCCAAUAUCGGCGAGCAGCGCGAUUUCUAAGGCGAUUCAGGAUGCAAGCCUCCGGCUAUUCGGGUUCAAAAUGCCACCCGCCCGAGUCGGAAAGGGACAGUCGCCGCCCUUGUACAGCCCUUUUCCGGCGUACCCACUCCCCAGUAACCAGACUGGCUUACUUGAGGACGGCAAGCGCGGCGCAUCCUCUGACGAGGAUGCUCGCGUAGCCCAAACUAUUGAGGACUAUGCCAACCGCAGCGACUGCGUCUACGGGUUCGCAGAGGUUAAAUUCAAACAGCUUUUCCCGCUAGCCCCAUCCGUAGAGCACGGGCUCGGUGGUGCUUCUCCUGAGGAGAUGGAAACUCAGGAGGACGGAUUGACGGUGGAUGCGGUCGUGACGUUAUCCGAGGAAGCUCUAGUGUUGUACGUCAAAGGUUUGUCAAUGCUUGCAAAGGCCAUGGACAUUGCCGGCCUCUGGUGGCAGCGCAAAACUCAGCGGGAGCCUAGCCCCAACACGCGCGAAACCCAGGGGUCUCAAAUCCUUUCGGUGCGCAUCAACUCGGCCGUACAAUGGGUCCGAGCGCGGUUCAACGAGGUCCUAGAAAAGACAGAGGUGGUUCGGUUGAAGCUCGUGGACGCACAAAAGCAACUUCCAACCGAUCACCCGAGCCACCCAAGAAACCAUGGGGUGGAUUCUAGUUUUGAUGCCGGCGAUAAGCAAGUCUACCUUACUCCAGGAAUCAGCGCAGAGAAGCUGAUGUACGACCGAGCCAUCGAUAUGAGCCGGACAGCCGCCAUCGACGAGAUCGCAAAUGAGCACUUGGCGGACUGUGAGGCGUACUACAUCACAGCGAUUCGCAUGCUAGAAGCCGUACUCGACGUCGACGACGACUCCUACCGGUCUAGGUCAGGAUCUACGGCGAGGGAUACGAAGGGCGAUAGUGGACUAGAAGUAGCUGGCGAUCUCGACAGCGAGGAUCGCAAGGUCGUCAAGAAGAUGAUUGCGCUGAUUAGUGGUCGACUCACCAUGGUGCGCAAGAAGAGAAAUAUGAUUGCCGAGGCGGAGAAGGCACAGAUCACAGCAGGGCGGCGGCGGAGUGGUGAUAUGACGCCGAAGAGCGUUCGUUCUCAUGCAUCAUCAUAA